UAAAUUCCCAUUUCUCUUCCACAAAGACUUCUCUCAGAAUAUAGAAAGGAUGAAAGAGUAACUGCAGGGAGACAGGAGAAACCUCCUGAGGCAAGUCAAGCACAGACCUUGAUGGUAAUGGAGAACUCAAAGACCAAGAGCUCUUGAAAUGUGUUUCAGGCCACAUUUUAUUCAGAAGAUGGAGAAAACUAUUGGAAACGCUAUUUAAAAUGUUGGUUAACAAGGAGAACUUGAAGGAGGUGUGAUUGUACUUGGUUACAUGGUUACAAUGAGGCUGGAAAAUGCCUUCCCCAUGAUUCAGGAGGCCAGUCAGAGCCAUCCUUAAAUAAUUGGUGUGUUUUAACAAAAUAAUCAUGGCAUUGAUGGAUCAACAUUGACUGGAGGAAGGGGGAGAAGGGUGAUUCCAUGGACGGAAAAUUGCUCAGCUUAACUGCAAAGUGCAGGAAGAUAAUAAACUAUUGACAUCUCGGCCCUUGGAGAGGGGGGUGACGUAAAAAGUGACAAAUCAAAAAGUCACCAUGAAUUUGUCAAGAACGGGGGAACAGCUGUUCAGGGAGCAGCACUGAAAGGGAUCUGGGGAUUACAGGGGAUCAGGAGGAGUCUGAACCAACAUGGUGAUGCUGUUGCUGACUCUGCAAAUGCCACGCUCAGAUCUGUUACCUAAUUAACCUGAUUACUGGGUACAGACCUGGGCAGGAAUGCCAAGUGGAGUCCAGAGGAGCCUAAGAAUGACAAAAGGUUUAGAAAAUAUGGCCUAUGAGAUCAUGAGGCCUCCAAGAAUUUGUUUAGUCUAGAAAAACGAAGUUUUAGGGAGAAAAUGAUAAUAUUAUGUGAAACAACAGGGUUUGUAAAAUGUUAUUGGAAUUUGAUGCUCAUUAAUCAUUCUUUGGAUCUGCUGAAUCUGAAAGAAGCUGAAAUUCACAACCAAAGUACAGUUUAGAUGCUGGGGAAAGCUUUGGGGGGUUAAGGCCAGUUGGGUGCUGGAACUGGCUUUCUAGGAAGAUUACAGAAUCCACUUUAUUGUAGGUUUUAGAAAGGGCUGUCCUGGCUUAGGGCAGGAACAGUAACACCUCAGAGCAGCAGUUCUUGCUUCAAGUCUUACUGCAAAGUGCUUUGGUCCUGAAGGUGGUAUUAACACACCUUGUGCUUUCCCUUUGGAAAUACACAAAAUAAAUGGUGGAGGCACUGCCAGACAUUGCAGCUAUGAUGGAAACGAGAGCCGAUUUUCCUUAAUCCCCGCCGAAAUCUGAGACUUCACCUUGCGAACAACCUCAGGCUCGCAGGCCCCGCUCCGGGGCCAAGCUCAACGGCGCCAGCCGAGGUGCACCGGCCCAAGAGGCCGGUCCGAGCGCCAACUGCUCCGGCAAUCCCGGGGAGUUAAACCGCCCGCUGAGCCCGCGCGGGCCGCGCCGGGCCGGACAAAGGCCGCAGCCCCCUCUCUCCCUCCCUCCGCCGGCCGAGGCCACGGGCGGGCCGCGGCCCUUUCCAACAGGUUUUGCAAUCAACUAUUAAGGUGCAACUAUGCCCAAAAGAAAGGCUCCAGCUGAAGGCGAGGCAAAGGAGGAGCCAAAGAGAAGGUCAGCCAGACUAUCUGCUAAACCUGCUCCACCCAAACCGGAGCCAAAGCCCAAAAAGGCAGCACCUAAGAAAGAAAAAGCAGCAAAUGAUAAAAAGGAGGACAAAAAGGCAGCAACAAAAGGGAAGAAAGGAGCCAAAGGCAAAGAGGAAACUAAACAAGAGGAUGCUAAAGAAGAAAACCACUCUGAAAAUGGAGAUACCAAAACUAAUGAGGCACCAGCUGCUGAAGCAUCUGAUGAUAAGGAAGCCAAGUCCGAGUAAUGUUAACCCUGCCCUAGAUCUCCAUCAUUUGGUAUCCGUACCUCCAUGCUGUAUUGUUAACAGAGAGGAAUAUUUUUAUCAACUAUUUUAUAAAUGCAGGUUUUUUUAGCAUGAAUUUAAUUAUGGAACAUCUUCAUCUCGGUUACUUGGGAAUUAAAUCCCUAACAAACAAAACAAAACAACAAAAAAAAAGUCAUUGUUUUUAAAUUUUGUGAUUGUAAUAGUUUGUAUGGUACAUGGAAAGAAUAAGUGGUGGUAGCUUUUGACUUCUGUCAGUGUGUCCCUUUUUGUGUAAGUCAUGCUUACAGACUUCAGAUUUUAAUUUUUCCCUUGUAUGUGUUGUAUGGUUUCUUAAAGUGGGGAGGUCUCAAAACAAAUAACCGUGUGAAACAUUCCAGUGGUUCUGUGGGUUGCUUUUAUAAAGAAGGUGAGCUAUUUUCAUGAAAAAACCUAAGAGCUGGAAAUCUGUUGUUUCCCAAAUGUAAUUUUAUUUUGUCAGUUUUGAAAAAAAAAAAAAAGAAAAAUAAAUAAAUAAAAGUGUAAUCCUGUUUUUAAAUGAAAUACAAACAUUUCUUUUCAAAAAGGGCAGGUUGGUUGUAUGUACCCACUGUUAGGAAUUUUGCUGGAUUUAUCUUAAUAAAAAAGACUCCUCAAAAGCUGA